GCUGAAGCAGCAGUGACUAGCCCAGGGACACACACCAGGCUUGAGACGGAAAUAACUCUGACGACUCCUCCUCGGCCCUAACAGAGACAACACUGCCCUAUUACCGCACUACCAUUCAAAUCUGAAUCACUUAAAAUGCUCCUAAUUGCAGACCUGAGGGCAACUGUAAGAACCGUGUGACUCUAACUGCCAAGGAGCCCAGGCGCUUGUCCACCGAACUUGAUUCUAGUCACUGCUCAGGUUGCCCAACAGUCUGCUUCGUUCAGUCGCGAGGGAAGAGAGCUGCCUGGUUGCUGCUGCUUUGAGAGACCUUUGAGAAGGUAGCCCCUGGAGGAUCUUGACUACUUCCUAAGGAAAUAGCAUUUUCCUGGGUCUCCUGGAAAACUGUUCCCAGGAAACCAUGAACCAGCCGGACCCUGCUGAUGACCCAGAUCCCAAGGCUGGCCCCCUGUGCAUGGUGUGUGGCCAAACCCACGCCCCCGAAGAGAACCACUGCUACACCUAUGUGGAAGAUGUGGAUGAUGACCUCAUAUGCCACAUCUGCCUGCAGGCCUUCCUGGAACCCCUGGACACGCCAUGUGGACACACCUACUGCAGCCUCUGCCUCACUAACUUCCUGCUGGAGAAGGACUUUUGCCCCGUGGACCGCAAGCCCCUCCUACUACAGCACUGCAAGAAGUCCAGCAUCCUGGUCCACAAGCUCCUCCACAAGCUGCUGGUCAAGUGCCCUUUCACGGAGCACUGUUCCAAGGUGUUGCAGCGCUGCGACCUCCAGAAUCACUUCCAAACAAGCUGUAAAGGUGCCUCUCACUACGGCCUGACGAAGGACAGGAAGAGGCGCUCCCAAGAUGGCUGCUCUGAUGGCUGCGCAAGUCUCACGGCCACCCCACUAUCCCCAGAGGCUUCAGAAGCUGCAGAGAGUUGUCAGGCAGAAAACAGCCCCUCAGACACUGGCCGGAGCAGACGAAGCAGAGUAUGGCCUUUUCAUCGCUCCUCAAUUAGAAGCAGAUCUUUUAAAAAAAUUAGUAGAGCCUUGAGUGUUCUUCGAAGGACAAAGAGUGGAAGUAUAAUUGGAAACCGUGCUGACCAGAGCAGAGGAAACCAUGAAAACGCCACUGUCUCUGAAGUCUUUCCAAAGUUUUAUCACCUGAUUCCACGAGGGGAGGUUACCAGCAUCAAGAUCAACCGAGCGGAUCCCGACGAAAGCCUCUCCAUUAGGCUCGUGGGAGGCAGUGAAACCCCACUUGUCCACAUCAUUAUCCAGCACAUUUAUAGUGAUGGAGUGAUUGCCAGAGAUGGCCGGCUGCUGGCAGGAGACAUCAUCCUCAAGGUCAAUGGAAUGGACAUCAGCAAUGUCCCUCACAACUAUGCCCUGAACCUCCUGCGACAGCCCUGCCAGGUCCUGUGGCUCACAGUGCUACGUGAACAGAAGGUCAAAAUCAGGAAAAAUGGUCAUGCCUUGCACUUUUAUGGACCGCGGAAUGACAGUUUCCAGGUGAUACUCAACAAAAGUAGUUCCGAUGAGCAACUUGGAAUAAAGCUGGUGCGCAAGGUGGCUGAGCCUGGCGUAUUUGUCUUCAGCUUACUAAAUGGUGGUGUGGCAGACCGACAUGGCCAGUUGCAAGAGAAUGAUCGCAUAUUGGCCAUCAAUGGACAUGACCUGCGACAUGGAAGCCCAGAAAUUGCAGCUCUUCUGAUUCAGGCCAGUGAAAGGCGUGUCCACCUCAUCGUGUCCCGCCAGGUUGAAGAGCAGAAUCCAGCCACCUGUCAAGAAGCCGGCUGGAGUCGCAACAGCAGCCAGUCCCCAGGUUCAGGAGACACCACUCCCAAGCCCUUCUAUCCUGCAGUUUCCUGUCAUGAGAAGAUGGUAAGUGUUCAAAAAGACCCCAGCGAAUCUCUUGGCAUGACCGUUGCAGGAGGAGCCUCACAUAUGGAAUGGGACUUGCCUAUCUAUGUCAUCAGCAUUGAGCCAGGAGGAGUCAUAAGCAGAGAUGGAAGAAUAAAAACAGGUGACAUUUUGUUGAAUGUGAAUGGAGUUGAGCUCACAGGGGUCAGUCGGAGUGAGGCAGUUGCCUUAUUAAAAAGCUCUUCCUCCUCGGUGGUACUCAAAGCCUUGGAAGUCAAAGAACAUGAGCCCCAGGAAGACUGCAACAGCCCAGAAGCCCCAGACUCCAUCUACAAUAUGACCCAACCUGAUGUCUGGUCCCCAUCCUGGGUCAUGUGGCUGGAAUUAACACAGUACUUAUAUAACUGUAAAGAUGUUGUGUUACGAAGAAACACAGCUGGAAGUCUGGGCUUCCGGAUUGUAGGAGGUUAUGAAGAAGACAGUGGCAACAAACCUUUUUUAAUCAAAUCCAUUGUUGAAGGAACACCAGCAUACAAAGAUGGAAGAAUCAGAUGUGGUGACAUUCUUCUUGCUGUCAAUGGGAGGAGCACAUCCGGCAUGAUGCAUACUUUCUUGACAAGCAUGCUCAAAGAACUUAAAGGAAAAAUUACUCUCACUAUAGUUUCUUGGCCUGGCACUUUUUUAUAAAAUCACUGAUGGUUCUCAAAAAACACAAAAUCACAAA